CGGAGCGGGCAGGCCGACGUCAUCGGGCCUGGUCAGCGUCGCGACGCCUCGUGCACGCUCAGUGCGAGGCUGUCGGUCGCGUGGCGAACCUACCCUCACUCUCGCCGACUGAAGUUAAUCGCCGAGGACACACACGUGGUUGCACGGUCGGAUCGAUCGAUCGAUCCAUCCGCGAUCGAGCUCCGCGGCGCGUUGCAACAACGCGGUGGUGAACACGACGAGGAAGAAUCACGGUUGACCCAGGGUCGGAGAUAACGAGUGUUCGCCGGCACAGAGGCCUUGACGCUACGCGACACACAUACACAACUGCCCUCCCCCCCUCUUUACCCCCCUCGUCGACCGGUGAAUAUUUCAAUACCGCAUCGAUUUAGCGCACAACCAACACAUACACAUACACAUACACACACGUGUCUCGCGAUCGCGUCUCUCUUUCACCUACGACUACUAAGUUUCGGUUCGCGACACACCGCGAAACUUCAGUUGAACCGGAAGUGGUCUCGUCAAUUCAAUCGUAGCCUGCUGAUCAGAGCAGUUUUCACCCGUUUCCGCGUGAACUCACCAGUUUCGAUCGCGAGUUACGUGCCUCUCGUAAGCGCAGCAUCGAUCCGUUUGUACUCUUGUGCUGUGCUCGUCGCAAACAAACGCAUGUCCGUGUGUGUACCGUCGAUGCCUUGUGAAUUGGUGAACUUCAGCGAGAAGGGGCUCGGCGGUGGUGGUGGAGGAGGAGGCGGUGGCGGACUGGAGGGUCGCGCGACCCUCGGCACCGCUUACGGGCCAGCCACUUUGGGGUACACGGGGUCGAGGUUAGGCGUGAUGCGCGGCGCCGGCCAUUCGGCCGUUGGGACGCGCGCACCGAUUCGACGAAGCAGGGAGUUCGGCUACUUCCCGUCGAUGGCCGAUCACGAGCACCAGGGCUUCGGUUAUCGGACUCAUCUGUUUCUCUCGCCGCCGUCAGGCGGUGCCCUCGGUUCCCCUCCGGAGGAGCCUGGCGAGAGGAUCGGACCACCGCCGAGGAAGAACUCUGGGCCGCACGUGAUCAAAUGGGGUGGCGGAGGAGGCGGCGGAGGGGGCAGUGGAUCGGCACAGGUAUCGGCAGCCGGGGGACAGCCGAGGAGGAAGCAGGCUCAGGCUUCGCAGCAGAAGGAACCAUCGGAACCGUCCACGCCGACCGCUUCCAGACAGGUUUCCUUCAGCGGUAACCGUGCGUCCGGCGCGUACACGCCCCUGGUGGUUUCCGGAAACAGCCCUCCGCGCGGCGAACCAAUCUCUCUGGCCACUUUGGACCGCGACUGUUUCAUCAUUCCCCUCGCUUCUCUUGAACGUUUUUUACCAGCGGGAGUACCGCUUUAUUCCGACUCGUUCCAGCAUGCGCCAAUCGCGGACAAAAAAAGACCAGGAAGUCCGCUGUCGGUCCUCGAAGUCGAGGAUCCGAAACAAUGUGUUCUCGCUCAUUUCAUGACGCCUCUCGAGCCACUGGACCCUUUGGUCGAGUCUCCAGUUUCCCGACCCCUGGUUCUCCAACGGGACACUGCGGCUGAACUGGUCGCUGAGAUUGCACCCUCCGCUUCCCAGAGUAUUCUGCUCACGAAUAUGGAGAAAGAUGCGGAUUUUCCAUUCAUCUCGUACUACUUGAUAAACAAACAGAAUACGGACCCCGUCGACUUUUACAACGAGGUGCAAUGCGCUGCCUUGAGAAAGUUUGAUCCUCGGGACCUUCGGUACGCAGCCAGUCACACGUUGGACUUGUUCAACGAGGUGGCCACCAUAGCGAGGCCGCCGCUGGAACCACCUGGUGUCAGACCACCGAUUCCGUCCACCGGCUAUAUCGUCUCGAUUUUCAAGGUGUUCGAGGGCGACGACGGCCUCAAGUUCGAGCAAAACUGGCUCUAUUGGACCGGCGCCCGUAUGAUGUACCGAUACUUGCCGAAAUCGGUCGGCCUGAGACGGAUCACGUUGCACAAGUCCAUGUCACAGGGUGACAAGAUGUACCUCCUGAUCUGCGAGUGUUCGCAACUGCAAGACAAUCUCUCUGCGGCGGCGAUAUUGUUGCCGGCGUUACGCGCCCGGUUGUGCGGCUACACCGGUCUCUACAGACCGUCGGUGUGCUUCUGAUUCCUCAGGAAACGCUGACCACGCGCUGAUAAAGUCACAACGAUACCGCGAGAUAGGGCCACUCUGUGAUGUUGUUCGUCUCUUGCGUAAGAACAGAUUCUACGAAGAAGGCUGGCCCGUUUGUUCAUUCGAUUUGUUGUUCACGUUGCUACGCGCGGAGACGUUAUGACGUGUCGCGUGGCUCAGCGUGGUUGUCUAAUCGUCAGAUGCAACAGUCUCCAGCCGACAAUGGUCUCGACGCGAGAAUUGCUUUGACGCAGCGAAAGAAACAUAGAAAUAUCGUUGCACGUUUCUUUUCUUCAGGGCUCGUUUCGUUCAAUCUUGGUAGCCCGCUCUCCGUACGAGAUACACUUCGAUCGAUUUCACGAAUUCUCCCGGUUUUAUAAAGUCACUUAUUUUCUUAUACCGCACCCAUAUACCAUCGCGGUGUAACGCGAGUUUCGCGUGGUCGUGACCGCGUCACAACGCCACUUUAUCGAGCCGUACUGCCGACGUUAUUACGAAAUCUCGCAGUUUCGCGAAACGAGCCCCCUUCUUUGAGCCCAGAUUUAGUUGUUCUACGGUCAGCCGACGAGAGGAAAUCUGAGAUCUAUUUCGCGAUAGUUUGAUCACCGCGAAAUGAUUAGAAAAAAGAAAAAAAGAAAAAAGAAAUAUCUCGUUAAAGGGAGACACGUUCGUAUUACGCUUUAGAGAAAUCUCGAUGAUAAAUCUGUACGCUUCGGGCUGCACACCCGUCUAGCUAUGCCUCUGGCCAGUUUGUAUUUUUCGACUUUCAAUAUUUCAUCCAGCGUUUUAUGCGAGCGUACGCAGUGUCGUUCGAAAAACCGAGCGCCACUUGCAUGUACAUAACAUAGAGAUUUGCGAGAUACUUUUACUACUAUAUACA